UUGAUCAGGAAAGAAAAAAGAGAGAGAUUGUCACUGUAAGUAAAAGUAUGGCGGAGGAAGCAGCGCAGCUUGAUGGUGAAUACACGCAGGAUGGAACAGUGGAUCUGAAAGGCAACCUAGUUCUUAGAUCCAAGAGAGGUGGAUGGACUGCUUGCUGGUUUGUUGUUGUAUACGAGGUUUUUGAGCGCAUGGCCUAUUACGGAAUAUCCUCCAAUCUCAUUGUAUAUUUAACAAAGAAGCUCCACCAGGGGACGGUCACUUCUGCCAACAAUGUCACUAAUUGGGUUGGGACUAUUUGGAUGACUCCCAUUUUAGGUGCUUAUGUCGCCGAUGCUCAUCUUGGUCGUUACUGGACUUUCCUCAUUGCAUCCAUAAUUUAUAUGUCGGGGAUGUCACUACUCACACUAGCAGUUUCACUCCAUGGCCUAAGACCGCCUCCCUGCUUGGAAACUAAUGUGGAAAAUUGUAAGAAAGCCUCGACAUUACAGCUAGCUGUGUUUUAUGGUGCACUAUAUACCUUAGCCUUGGGAACAGGUGGAACCAAGCCCAACAUCUCCACCAUCGGGGCAGAUCAAUUUGAUGAUUUUGACCCCAAGGAGAAGGCCUUCAAGCUGUCAUUCUUCAACUGGUGGAUGUUCAGCAUCUUCUUUGGGACACUCUUUGCCAAUACAGUUCUUGUCUACGUACAAGACAACGUAGGAUGGACAUUAGGAUAUGCGCUUCCGACACUUGGACUUGCUGUGUCAAUAAUAAUAUUCUUGGCUGGCACACCCCUCUAUAGGCACAAGGUGCCCUCGGGGAGUCCCUUCACAAGGAUGGCUAGGGUCAUUGUGGCUGCCAUAAGGAAAUGGAGGGUGCAUAUCCCCAAUGAUCCUAAAGAGCUGUAUGAGCUUGACUUGGAAGAGUAUGCGAAGAAAGGAAAGUUCAGGAUUGAUUCCACACCGACCUUGAGGUUCCUUUCGAAAGCCUCUAUAAAAACUGGAUCCACUAAUCCAUGGAUGUUGUGCUCAGUUACACAAGUAGAGGAGACCAAACAAAUGUUGAGAAUGAUCCCAAUCUUGGUUGCUAUGUUUGUACCGAGCGCAAUGAUUGCUCAGGUCAAUACUCUUUUCAUCAAGCAGGGUAGCACCCUUGAUAGAAGUAUUGGCAGCUUUAAAAUCCCGCCGGCAAGUUUAGCUGCAUUUGUAACCAUUUCCAUGCUUGUCAGUGUUGUGCUGUACGAUCGUUUUUUCGUUAAGAUAAUGCAAAGGUGGACUAAAAACCCUAGAGGUAUCACUCUUCUUCAGAGAAUUGGAAUUGGCCUCGUUUUUUACACUAUGACUAUGGCAAUCGCAUCUCUUACCGAGAGAUACAGACUUACUGUGGCCAAGGAUCAUAGGUUAGUUGAAAAUGGAGGACAAGUACCUUUGACCAUCUUUAUUUUACUUCCUCAAUUUGUGCUUAUGGGAAUGGCAGAUGCGUUUUUUGACGUGGGGAAGAUUGAGUUUUUCUAUGACCAAGCACCAGAAAGCAUGAAGAGUUUGGGGACUUCCUAUUCCAUGACUACUCUAGGAGUUGGGAACUUUCUCAGCAGUUUUCUUCUUUCAACAGUUUCUCACCUCACCAAGAAGCAUGGUCACAAAGGAUGGAUUCUAAACAACUUGAACGCUUCUCAUAUUGAUUACUACUACGCAUUUUUCGUGAUACUAAACAUCCUGAACUUCAUUUUCUUCUUGAUUGUUGUUAAGUUCUACGUAUACAAGGCGGAGAUUUCGGAUUCAAUAAAAGUGCUUACAGAAGAAUUGAAGGGGAUGACAGUCAUGAGAGUCUCCAUUAAUUAACUAUGAGGAGUUGAGGACAUAGA